CACAAUUUGGAAAGUAAUUAAAUGAAUGUAAAUACUAAGCAAAAUGGACAAUCAAAGUUAUUUUCCAAAUUACUAUGCCGUUGAAGAUAUCUUUGUUACACAGGAGAAGGUCGAAUGUAAAGUGAACACGAAACUAUUGAAGAUGGGCUUCCUUGAUCCAGGCGCUGAGACAGAUGAUUUAAAUCCUGGUCGCACAGUGAAUCUGCCAUUAUGGUACAUAAAAGAAUUAAAGGUCAAUAAUCCCUACUUUACAGUGAACGUUCCAGACAUCUAUAAAAAUGUGCAUAAGGCGGUAUGUGAAGCCGAAACAACACAUAUUGAGCUUGGUAAAUUGCAUCCAUAUUUUUAUGAAUAUGGUCGUUACUUGACGCCGUACGACCGCAAUCAUAUUGUUGGUCGUAUUGUGUUUGAAACAAUGCGUCAACGUGUUCGCCAUUUGCUUGACAUUUCUAAAAACACUACAGAAGAUGGAAAACCAGAGCAUCGCUUAGACGACAUCGAACAAAAGCUAUAUGAAUCUGGUUUGAAAACAAAUGCAUUGUUCACGAACUGGCUUCAAAUGAAAUCUAAUAAAAUACGCGUCAGUGAAUUAGUACAUGAGCAUAGCAAGAAAAGAAAACGUAAUCAAAUGGAUUGUGAUGGGAGUAGUACAUCACCAGAACAACCGAAAAAACGACCUACUAUUUAAUUUCUAAUUAAAUAAAUAUUUAAGGAUAAAACAAUUGACUUUAGAGCUUAACUGUAUUGCUGAAAAUCACGUGAAUAAUGUUAAGACAGAUAUAAAUACAUAUUCAUAUUAUUUUA